AUGAGCAAACUAGGGAGAUUUUCAGAAUGUAAGAGUGAAGUGGAGUCUUUUGUGGAUUUCUACCGUUAUGAGGAAGAAAGAAGGGAAGUAGCAGCAAGCAUGAUUCAGCGAGCCUGGAAAAGAUGGCUGGAUAUCGGUGUGUUUGAGUACUAUAAAGAUCUAAUAGGCUUUAAGCGAUGUGGGGAGCCUUCACGUCUGAUGAGGUACAUUGAACCCAGAGAGGCAGAAUUCCUAGAUGCUGCAGCUGGGGUUCAUAUCAGAUUCAGACUAGGUGGGCCAAAGUUUCCUCCGUGCAUAUAUUACAAAGUAUUUACCCACAGACCUAUCGUGGAUAUGUGUGCUAACAGUCCUAAAGACUAUGCAACGCUUACAACCCUAAAGGGACAACGACGACGAGGAAAGUUCCAGGGAGACAACAGGGAGGACUUGUGUGGGUGGUACCAACGGGUAGAGAAUAACGGCUGGAGACUUCUUUCCCCCAGGUUUUGGAAGGCCCUGGACAGUAUAACUGCUGAAGAUAACAUCAGAGUAAAGGAAUUUCAUUACAGCAAGGUGCAGAAGAAACAAGAAAUACAGAAAAGGAGGAAAAGGAGAAAAAUAGAAUGGCUAAAAAAAAUGUACUAUGGAGAACGCCUGCAGGUUAAAACACUGGACCCAACUGAAACAUUCUUAAUCCAACGAGCAGCAGAAGGGUUAAUUGCCUGCCAGGGAAACGAAGGGCUAGAUAGCGUGAUGGAAUGGGAAGUGGAUGAAAUGUUAAAAUGGACAAAUGCACUCAACUAUGAAGAGUAACUUUUUUUUUUUAAGUGGUCUUUUCUCCUUCUCUAUCUUCACUAUUGUUGAAAAGGCUGUCCUGGUUUCUUUCAGAUUGUACUGAGAGCAAUACUUUCUCAUCCGUCUGUGUGGUUGAAAUCCAUUCUGGGAAAAGAAAACCUUAACACGUCUUUUUGCUUGUCGUGGUUCUGUUUCAUGGAGUGUACUUGUAUGCUGUUGUUGUCUAGGUACGUCAAACAAUGGAAAGCACUCGGGACGAGCAAACUUUCGGAAGACUUCACAGGUAUGGGACCCC